AUGAGAGCAGCAUGGACAGCAUUCGCAGCCGUCAGGGAAGCUACGGACCAACUGACGGACCAUGAUCUUCGUGCCCAUCUGUUCGACUCGACAGUCCUUCCAGCGCUCUGUUACGCAGCGGAGACGUGGGCAGACACCGCGGCCACGUCUAGGAAGCUAUUUACUACCCACAGAGCCCUUGAAAGAUGUCUCCUGAAGUUUAACCGGCGCACACAACACCUUGCCGGUCUUCGUAGCUCCGACUUAAGAGGCUGUCCCGCCUUCGCGACCCAGCGGAAUAUGUAUCGAAAGCAAAACAUAGCCGGUCACAUCAUGAGAAGAAUCGAUGAUAGACGGACUAAAAGAACGCUAGAGUGGAUCCCAAGGGAUGCUAAACGCCCCCGAGGGAGACCGCCAACGAGAUGGAGUGACGUGUUCGCUGCACGGAUGGAUCAGCUGAGAGCACAGCUGGAUACGGCUCAAGGACCUCGUCAACGUCACUCACGAAGCCUGAGAACAUCUUGGAUGACAAUGGCGAGGGAACGAAACGAGUGGAAGAGAUGCUCGAGAGAUGACGUCGAGUGA